GCUGCAGAGCGCGGCGAGGCGGGCGGGCACCAGCUGCGCUAACUGCAAGACCGCGACCACCACGCUCUGGCGAAGGAAUCAGGCCGGCGAGCCGGUGUGCAACGCGUGCGGCCUCUACUACAAGCUGCACAACGUGAACCGACCGCUCACGAUGAAGAAGGAGGGCAUACAGACGAGGAACAGGAAGCUUUCGUCGAAGAGCAAGAAGAAGAAGGCUGGUGGCUGUCUGGGACUCGGCGGCGUGAUGGGCGAUAUGAUCAAGGCGAGUGGUCACCUAGAUCUCGACAACAAGCCCUUCCAUUCCGGAUUCGGCUCGCCCAUGAGCACGUCGCAGCAUCAUCACACGAUGCACCCGGCGAUGCAACAUUACAUGUAUCACACGGGUGUCGGGGUUGCCGGUGGCCUUCACCAAGGCUUCGCACCCCCGGCACCGCCGCCGAUCCACCCUCACUCGCAUUCGCAUUCCCACUCGCAUCACAUGACGAGUCUUCAAGGUCUCCAACUGGCAGCCACGACGAACGCGAUGACCGGUUGGCGAUCGGAGUACACAUGAAUCGCGAGUGAGCACCAGCUCAGGACGCAGCCCACCACUCUCGUUCUAACGUAAAUUCGCCCGAGCUCUCUCUCCUCUCUUUCUCUCACCGCGAACGGUCGACCGUUCGAACAGAGAGAGGCCAGCCAGUGGGAAAGAUCGAAAUAGAGGCGCGAGACGUUCUCGAAACGAAAUUUCCAAUUACUCUGUCCUCCCCCGCCUCUCAGCCCCUGUUUCGUCAUCGGUCUCGUUUCGCGGUCGCUGUAAAUAUUGUAAAGUUUUCGGUAAACGAAGAAAAAAAAAGAUAAAACACAGAUGGGCGUUGUUCGAGCCCGGGCCCCAAGUACAAACAAGAGAGUCAAACUUAAACGAAAGACGACCCGUGUGCGUGGAGUCUUGAAUUAGGGAUUCAAACGACUUGUACAUAGGACGCUAUAUUAAUUAUGUAUAACGUGUAUCGCUGCGCAGUGGCAAUUUCUAUCCGCGCGCGCGCGUUUUUUUUUGUCAACCGGAGAUCGUCCUUCGAAGACGCGAUUCCACGGUGAUGGUCGCCCGGGUGUCGGCGCUUCCUUAUUUAUUCGACGGUGGGCGUUCGGAUUACCUGCGCGGAGGGUAUGAAACCCUCGUGGAUAGGCCGGGAUCGGUCUUCGGAAGCCGAGGUACGUACGUACGAUAGAUUAUAUAAGCGUGUAUUCGAGAGACGUGCAAUUUUACGAGUCUUUUUAUCAUCGGGGACACGAUUCAACGCCGAUUUUCAGUUCACGUUGGGAAUUGUCAAACCGUGCGAAGGGUUGAACAAGCAUAUCUCUGAAAAUCACGCAAAGCUAGUCUCAAUGAAAGAUCAAUCGAUUCGUUAGUAUAAAUUUAUUUCAGCGAAUCGGCGUUGAACCGCUUAGCCGGUUAGCGAUUAAUAGCGCAGCAGCAAAGUUUAGGUGUAAAACCACGAGCACACACUAGUAGAAGCGCGAAUCGUGUAAGUGACGUGAAUCCGGAGAUCGUCGACCGAGCUCCGUCUCGAGGGAAAACCA